ACGGCCAAACGGAGAAGGACAGAGCUGCUCGACCGGGAUUUAUCUGGUGGUGACGACUGAAGAGAAAGUUGAUUCCGGAUGAAGGGACUGUGAGAUAAUAAAAGAGGUGGGCGGAAGUGAGGGAUAAGUGAGAAACCCCUGCAGCACACGAGCGCUGCGUUGAAGGACUUCUGCAUCGCCCUGGAUGACUAAAGCCAGAACUCACAGGACCACGGGAUUACUGCCUCUGGAUCAAUAAAUGUGUGAAAUAUGGACCACUGAAGAGAACGCUCUGACAUUUUUACAAAUUCACUUCAUUAGCAGGCAAACUGAAGUGCUGGAUUGCUUCAGUGGACCAUUAUCUGGAUUAACUGGCUUAUUAGAUCUCAGGUGUACUCUCAGGGUUACAACAGCACUGACCGGCCAAAACAGUAAGGGUGGAUUGCUGAGAUAACUUGGGGAAAAGAGUGAAUGUCACUAUUGUUACUGAAGGGACCUUUUGUAUGAUUUUAACAAAGUAUUUGGUCACAACGUCAUUGAUAUUUCGAAUCUCUGUACCCCCCAACAGAUUGUAGUUAUCAGACUAUUGUCAUUGGAAAAGCACACUUAAAGAUUGUCCACAGGAUCUGUGGAUCACCCGAUCAGAAGCAGGCGGCCAGAGGGACAAGCUGUCCAUUAUCGUUUGAGUGUGAGUGUGAGCUCAGAUCCAGUCAUGUUUCUGAACUCUGCUCUUGUGGGGGUGACCGACCUCGCCGCCCGGCUCCUCGGCAGUGCCUCUUUCCGUCGUCACUUCCACCUGCUGCUGUCGGCCGUGGUUCUGUUUGGACCCGCUCUCAGUCUGUGGGCUAACCAGUACAGCAUCUUCGCCAAGAAGAGCCACUUCCUGUACAGGAUGUUCAUGCGCUCUGGCUGGGGGUGGACCUGCGUCUUCACCGGGUCCUUCGUCUUCCUCCUGUCCUACACCGUGCGCCAGUCCCUUAGUCUCUCCCUGAGACACCUGUCCCGGCUGGCGGUAGCGGGGGGGCUGUGGGUGGGGUUCCGACGGCUGCUGACGCUGCUGGGGGACGCCACGGGGAGCUGUUACGAGCCCCUGGCGGCCCCCCUGGAGGGCCAGGUGGCCAAGGGCCUGGCCGUGGCAGGACAGCCCCUGCUCCUGUUGAGGGAGGGCGAGACCAAGGCGACCUGCCUCACCAGGGGCAUGCUGUGGCGUGGGUACGAGGUCUCCGAGGACACCUUCCUGCUGUGCCUGUGCUGCCUGCUCCUGGCGGAGGAGGCCGCCAUUUUCGGUCCUUACCUGGCCCUGGGGGGGCCCUCGGGGGCCCCGCUGCGCCUGCUCUUCCUGUUCUGCGUCAUCCUCCUUGGUCUCUGGGUCUUCCUCCUGCUCUGUCUGCUGGCCUACUUCCCGCAGUUCCCCACCCAGCUGCUAGGAGGCGCUCUGGGCUGUUUGAGCUGGAGGGCGCUGUACCAGGGCUGGUACCGCCUGGGGCCCAGCUGGUACUGUCCCGGGCGGCCUGGGGUGGGGCUGCUCACCACUCAGGCUCAGAAAGACGGCGUGAAGGACAAUGGCCAGCCUGCAGCUAAUGGGGUGGAGACCCAUUAAAAAAGAGUACCGACGAGGGAGAGUAUGAGAGGAGUUGGCAUUACUGUUUUCUGUGUUAGGGAGUGUAGUGGUGAGAAACCCAACACAGAGUAAGAGACAGACAUGGUGCAUUAUAACCACAUCAGCUCAACACUGACAAAGAAGGGAAUAGGUAUUCUGCAAGGUUUUAACAAAAACUUUGCCUUGAAAGCAAAAUAAUGAACUGGAAUUGAAAGUAAAAUUGGAGUGCUGUGACUGAUUGGGGAUUGGUCAUAAAAGAGUGUGUGUACCGCACGGUUGAGUUUUCUGGCUCCUGAUUGGUUCUUAUUCAUGCAGUCCUUUUGACCACCUCUUGUGCCUUAGAUUCAUUCUACUGUAUCUAAAAUCUAUCAAGGGUCACAAUCAAUGCAGUAUUAAAUAAUGCAUCUCUGAAUAUUAAAUUAUUUGUUUAAGAUCUUUUCAUAGAAAGCAUGCUAAAAAUGUAUAUAUUGCUUUGUCAAAAGUAUCCACUGGAAAUAGCUUCAUGUAUUCCAUAAAUCUGAAAAGUGUGGCUAGCCUUCCUAAAUAGCUGUGUAUUAUGUUUCAACUCAAAGAGUAAUUGGAUCACUACACUAAUACUGUAUGUCAGCAUUUCUCUGUACCUAACACUACCUUCUGUCCCUAAAUCAGCACAGAGCAGUGUUUCAGAUACAGUGUACAUCUACCAUCAGCACAGAGCAGUGCUUCAGAUACUGUGUACAUCUACCAUCAGCACAGAGCAGUGCUUCAGAUACUGUGUACAUCUACCAUCAGCACAGAGCAGUGCUUCAGAUACAAUGUACAUCCACCAUCAGCACAGAGCAGUGCUUCAGAUACAAUGUACAUCUACCAUUAGCACAGAGCAGUGCUUCAGAUACAAUGUACAUCUACCAUUAGCACAGAGCAGUGCUUCAGAUACAAUGUACAUCUACCAUUAGCACAGAGCAGUGCUUCAGAUACAAUGUACAUCUACCAUUAGCACAGAGCACAAUGCUAUUGUAUUCUCGAACGAUACAAUAGCAUAAAGGUGAUCCAUCUCCGAUUGGAGUAUGGUAGCAUAAAUGUAACCCAGUUCCUAUUGGAGUAUGGUAGCAUAAAUGUGAUCCAUCUCCCUAACCUACAUUUCUUGUUCACAUCUAGCUCACAUUAAUCUUAAGACAUUAAGUGCUACAGUAAUAAUCUCGUAAUAUGGCAUAAUGUGUGAUGCAUAUUCUCUAUGGGACAAUAGCCCAAGCCCUUCCACACUCAGGUCAUUAGUGACCUUGUUUCAUUAAUGCUAAUUACCCUCGGCUUUAUCUUGGCCUCCUUAAGAUCUAAUCAGCUAUCGAUUACUGGAUUUUACACCCAGCAUUUAACUACAAAAUCUAUCUCGUGGACAUAAUCUGUAUCCUGUAAUUACGGAUGCCCUGAAAAUAUGACUUAAAUCUACCUUGUUAUGAUUUGGCAUUGACAUUGAUGUAAAUGUGGCAUUAAGAUAGGAAUGGUGCUAUACAGAUGGAACUCAAAAGAAAAAUGUACAAAUAAUAUGGGACUAAUCUGUUUCCGAACUACUCGGUCCACACUUUGUUGUAUACUGUGAACAUUGUCACAGAUGGGACAC